CAUUCUCUUCACUGAAUCGUGCUGGUCGUUGAGAGAGAGAGAGAGGGAGAGAUGUGUCCUCGAGCUGCUCAAACAUGCGAAAUCUGCAAGAAAGUUGUAUCCAAAUACAAGUGUCCGUCUUGUCUUGUUCCUUACUGUUCAUUGGCUUGUUUCAAGAUUCACAAAGAGACUCCAUGUGCUAAGCCUUCUUCAACAGAGGAAAAGCCAGCAGCUUCUCCAGCAAAAGAAGAAGUCCCGGUGGAAAGACCUGUACAUGUCGAGGAAGCUAAUGAUGUUGUAGAAAAAACAGAGAAUAAGGCUAGUGCUGCAUCUCCAGCAAAGGAAAUUCCGGUGGCAAGACCGAUACAUGUAGAGGAAGAAAAGUAUGUUUUAGAGAAGACACAGCUCGAGGCUAUUGCUUCUUCUAGUGAAAUCCGAGAAGCUCUAAAGGAUGAAGCCCUUCAGAAACUCAUCUGCAAUAUUGAUAGUUCUUCCAACCCUGUGCAGGAACUCGAUGAAGCCAUGGGAUUAGAAGCUUUCCGCGAAUUUACAGAUAAGAUUCUAUCAAACAUUUCCAAGAGUAAAUGAUAAGCAGUGAUUGAAGUCCCGUCAGAACAUAAGUUCCACAAGUGUAUUCUUGCUUAGUGUGUUUGUUGCAAAGUUAAAGAGGAAUGUUUAUUGGCUAUAGAAACGAUUGCUCCGUUUUGGUAUAAGCUAAUAUCUCUUCUCUUC